GACCCAGGGAACCUUGCAGCCUGGCCAGAAGCAAGAUGCAUCCUCAGCAGUUGGUCAUCUCCUGGUUUUCCCUCGUUUUGCUGGCGUCUCCCCUCAUGGCCGUAUGGGAACUGGAGAAAGAUGUUUAUGUUGUAGAGUUGGAUUGGCACCCUGAUGCCCCUGGAGAAAUGGUGGUCCUCACCUGCCAUACCCCUGAAGAAGAUGACAUCACUUGGACCUCAACGCAGAGCAGUGAAGUCCUAGGCUCUGGUAAAACUCUGACCAUCCAAGUCAAAGAAUUUGGAGAUGCUGGCCAGUAUACCUGCCAUAAAGGUGGCAAGGUUCUGAGCCGCUCACUCCUGUUGAUUCACAAAAAAGAAGAUGGAAUUUGGUCCACUGAUAUCUUAAAGGAACAGAAAGAAUCCAAAAAUAAGAUCUUUCUGAAAUGUGAGGCAAAGAAUUAUUCUGGACGUUUCACAUGCUGGUGGCUGACGGCAAUCAGUACUGAUUUGAAAUUCAGUGUCAAAAGUAGCAGAGGCUUCUCUGACCCCCAAGGGGUAACAUGUGGAGCAGUGACACUUUCAGCAGAGAGGGUCAGAGUGGACAACAGGGAUUAUAAGAAGUACACAGUGGAGUGUCAGGAGGGCAGUGCCUGCCCCUCUGCCGAGGAGAGCCUACCCAUCGAGGUCGUGGUGGAUGCUAUUCACAAGCUCAAGUAUGAAAACUACACCAGCAGCUUCUUCAUCAGAGACAUCAUCAAACCAGACCCACCCACAAACCUGCAGCUGAAGCCAUUGAAAAACUCUCGGCAUGUGGAGGUCAGCUGGGAAUACCCCGACACCUGGAGCACCCCACAUUCCUACUUCUCCCUGACAUUUUGCAUACAGGCCCAGGGCAAGAACAAUAGAGAAAAGAAAGAUAGACUCUGCGUGGACAAGACUUCAGCCAAGAUUGUGUGCCACAAGGAUGCCAAGAUCCGCGUGCAAGCCCGAGACCGCUACUAUAGUUCAUCCUGGAGCGACUGGGCAUCUGUGUCCUGCAGUUAGAUUCCACCCCCAGGAUGAACCUUGGAGGGAAAGUGGAAGAUAUUAUGCAAAAUUUUCUAAGGACACAUUGAAGAGGCUCCAAAAGUUAUUUUCUGCCUAAUUUUCUUUUUGUAAAGGGUCAUUAUUGUGUCUUCGCAAUAUUUUUUACAUUUAAAUGCCAAAUGCCCACUGAAACAAUCAGCUACUUUAUUUAUAGAUUUUCAGCUAGCAGGCUGCCACUGACCUUAAUGCUAUUUAAAUAUUUAAGUAAUUUAUGUAUUUAUUAAUUUAUUGUUAUUGAAUACUUGUGUGCCAAGAUAUAUUGUAUGUUUCAUACCCUCAGGACCUGAUCUGUAAGGAAUAGGCCCUAUUAUGCAAAAUGUGAAUUUAUGUGUUAUUUAUACUGACAACUUUUCAAGCAAGAAUGUAUCAUUUUUAUGACAACCAGUGAGCACACAAUAUUAUGAUGCCAGCACCAUAAUAUAUUUGUGAUGGAUGGGAACACAGAGGUAGUUAAAUAGAGACAUGGAGACACGAAUCCAUUUGAGAAGUUUCUGGAGACGGAGAUGUUAGAUCCUGUAUCCAUAAAGACUUCCUUGCGGUGGUGUUGAUAAAGCAAUUCAGGGCCACUUGCAUUUUUAAGCAAGUUUAGUUUUUGGAUGCCUGAAUUUAGAAAGACCUAAAAUAACUCAAAUUGAAAUUCAGCUUCAGCCACCCUGCCAGUCCCCAUCCCCAUCUAUCUGUAAGACAUUGGAGAGUGACCCAGGGACACUCUAAGUGCCUGGAAGUAAAAAGGUCUUAUGAUCCAAGAGGGAGAACCAACAUGGCCAAGCACAAAAAAUUGUCAGAAUUUCCAGCUGCUCCUUAAUAGCCAGGCAAAAAAAGCACAUGGAUGCAAAGAAAAUGGUCAAGAAUUGCUUACUGGACAGUGCGAGUGAACCUGACUGGUGGAUGUGACCAGAAAGUGCCAGUCACUGAGGUGCUACUUUUAAGUAAUGAAUGUGCUUUCUGUAAAGUGAUUUCAUUUCUUUUCUGUUUACUUAUUUGUUUUUGCAUUCUGACAAUGCACUAAUAAAAACAUAACUCUUGUUUGCAAUAAUA